UGCCUCGAACUCCAUACACUUCAACUCCCACAACCCCUUGCUCGCUUCAGCUCGUGUCGGGAGAUAUGGCGUCUGCUUGAAGCGUUGAUAAAUCGCAAAUAGUUUGUUGACAAGCGGGAAAAUAUGGCAGCUGACUCCGCCGACAGGAAAGAGGCGGAAUCCUCAGGGACCAAAGACAGAGAGAGGAAACGCAGCCGUUCACGAGACAGAGAGCGUAAACGCCAACGGUCUCGUGAAAGAAAUCGCUCCAAAUCUGCAGAGAGAGACCGUCGCAUGAAAGACAAGGACAGAGAAAGAGACAGAGAUAAGGACAGAGAGAGGGGCCGCAAGGAAAGAGAUGGCCAUCGACGUGAUAAAGAUCGUAGCAAGAGGUCCAGGAGUCUCUCACCAAAGUCAAAGGAUUCAAAGUUAAAGAGAGAGAAGGAUAUAAAAACAGAAGAGGAGGAAGAUGAAAAAAACAAGAAAGAGAAGGCCCAGCCUCUGUCGUUAGAAGAGCUUCUGGCCAAAAAAAAGGCAGAAGAGGAGGCAGAGGCAAAGCCCAAGUUCCUGUCCAAAGCAGAGCGAGAAGCCGAGGCUCUGAAACGGAGGGUGCAACAGACAGAGGAGAGAAGGAGGUUGGUGGAAGAUGAGAGGAAGAAGAGGAGGAUGUUCCAAGACAUUGGGAGAAAAAUGAUGGAGGACCCCCAGGAAAGGGAGAGACGAGAGCGCAGAGAGCGAAUGGAGCGAGAGAACAACGGGAAUGAAGAAGAUGAUGGAAGACAAAAACUCAGAGAGGAGAAGGACAAAGGCAAAGAACUUCAGGCCAUCAAGGAGCGUUACCUGGGUGGCCUCAAGAAACGUCGGAGGACUCGACACCUGAAUGACAGGAAAUUUGUGUUUGAGUGGGAUGCCUCUGAAGACACGUCAGUCGACUACAACCCAAUUUACAAAGAAAAGCAUUCAGUGCAGCUGUAUGGACGAGGCUUCAUCGCUGGCAUUGACUUGAAGCAGCAGAAAAGAGAGCAGUCACGUUUCUAUGGUGACCUGAUGGAGAAAAGACGGACACUGGAAGAGAAGGAGCAGGAAGAGGUGAGACUGAAGAAGAUGCGUAAAAAGGAGGCCAAGCAGCGCUGGGACGACAGACACUGGUCCCAGAAGAAACUGGACGAGAUGACGGACAGAGACUGGCGAAUCUUCAGAGAGGACUACAGCAUCACCACCAAGGGAGGAAAGAUCCCGAACCCCAUCAGGAACUGGAAGGAGUACUCGCUGCCUGCACAUAUCCUGGAGGUCAUCGACAAAUGUGGCUACAAGGAUCCAACACCUAUUCAGAGGCAGGCCAUUCCUAUUGGUUUACAGAACCGUGACAUCAUUGGUGUGGCCGAGACUGGCAGUGGUAAAACAGCUGCUUUCCUGAUUCCUCUGCUUGUCUGGAUUACCACCCUGCCGAAAAUCGACAGGAUUGAAGACUCAGACCAGGGUCCUUACGCCGUGAUCCUGGCCCCGACUCGUGAGCUGGCUCAGCAGAUCGAAGAGGAGACAAUAAAGUUCGGCAAACCGCUCGGCAUCCGUACAGUGGCUGUGAUUGGAGGAAUCUCCAGAGAAGACCAGGGCUUCCGUCUCAGGAUGGGCUGUGAGAUUGUGAUCGCCACUCCUGGUCGUCUGAUCGACGUGCUGGAGAACCGCUACCUGGUCCUGGGCCGCUGCACAUACGUGGUCCUGGAUGAGGCCGAUCGUAUGAUUGACAUGGGUUUCGAGCCCGAUGUCCAAAAGAUUCUAGAGUACAUCCCAGUGACAAAUCAGAAACCUGACACAGAAGAAGCUGAGGACCCUGAGAAAAUGAUGAUGAACUUUGAGUCUGGAAAACACAAAUACAGACAAACGGUCAUGUUCACAGCUACAAUGCCUGCGGCUGUGGAGAGACUGGCCAGGAGCUACUUGAGACGUCCUGCUGUGGUUUACAUCGGGUCUGCUGGCAAACCUCACGAGAGAGUGGAACAGAAGGUCCUGCUGAUGUCGGAGGGAGAGAAGAGGAAAAAGCUGCUGGAGGUGUUGUCGCAUGGUUUCGAGCCUCCCAUCAUCAUCUUUGUCAACCAGAAGAAGGGUUGCGACGUGCUGGCCAAGUCUCUGGAGAAGAUGGGGUACAAUGCCUGCACGCUGCAUGGUGGCAAAGGCCAGGAACAGAGAGAGUUUGCACUUUCCAAUCUCAAGGCCGGAGCCAAAGAUAUUCUGGUGGCCACAGACGUUGCUGGUCGAGGUAUUGAUAUCCACGACGUCUCCAUGGUCCUUAACUACGACAUGGCGAAGAACAUUGAAGACUACAUCCAUCGUAUCGGUCGUACGGGUCGUGCUGGUAAGAGUGGAGUGGCCAUGACUUUCCUCACCAAAGAGGACUCGGCUGUGUUCUACGACCUGAAGCAGGCCAUCCUCGAGAGCCCAGUGUCCAACUGCCCGCCAGAGCUCGCCAACCACCCGGACGCUCAACACAAACCGGGAACCAUCCUGACCAAGAAGCGACGCGAGGAAACCAUCUUUGCCUGAUGUACCGAUUCAGACUGUUUCAUCGUGUUGUAUCUUUACACAUCAAGGGAUUUUCUCUCCAAGUUAACUUUGCCAAUAUCUGAAGUUGUUUCUCACCUUGCCUCCCGUGUCUGUUUUUGUCUUUUAUUCCAGUCCCGGACAGAAAAUGACACAAGUGGUUUUAGAAAUCCACAGCAGAGGUUUUGGGAUGGCACAAGGGCAUUUCAAAGGUUAUGAAUGUGACUCCAUGAUUACUUAGCAGGACACUGAUAAUGUUUGCUGUAAAGAUACUGCCCUUCAAUUACUAUCAAAUGUGAUAAAUGCCAGCGGGGAUGUGGGAGUAGAUGUAUAGUGAGGACUAUGUUGUGCAUUUUUAAAUUGAGCCUUGCUAAUUAUCAAAAUCUGAGUUCCCUGUUAAAGAGACCAAGAGAGAAGACUUAAGAGAUUUUCACAAAUACAUCAGCUGGCUAAACUGUAGUAAAAUGUUUUGAAUAUAAACAUUUGUAUGAAGUGAA